CCCGCCCUUCCUAUUCGUCAUCUGUUCAGAUUCACUCAUUUCGAUACAAUAUUCGGACCUGUUAAACUUGUUCACCAAGUUCGGAUUUCCCUGCUUGUAGGCUCUUUUUCUUUAUUUUGUCACUCCGCACUCAUUUCUAUCUUGGAACUUUUGCAUUUCUCAUUUCAUGCUGUGAAGAUAUCUCCAGCGGGUCGUUGAAUCUUCGCGACAGGCUUUCUUAUCGUUUAUCUGUUCCUGCCCUACAGGCCUUUUUCGUGGCCGCAAGCUUUGAUAUUUAUUAUUUAUUACCUGACGCAACUUACCCCCGCCGCCCUGCCGGCAAAGAGCUUGGCUCUUAUUAUUUCAACCAUCUAUUCAGCAGAUUCUUGAACACAGAAAGCAUAUCAAGAAGACUUUGCACCCUAUUAACGAGUUUAUUUGCCGGAACCUUUCUAUUUUGUACAGGAUGGCUAGGCGUACUGGGAAACCCAGCGAUGAGUUAUUCAUGCAACGUCCCGGCGACGGUUGUGAUAGUCCUACGGUAGCCAUAGAACCUUUGAGGAUUGUGAAGCCGACAAGCCCUCCCCGAAAUCGAGCGGCAUCCAGCUCGUCAAGUCGAUUUGCAUCCCCACCCCCUGCGAACAAGCAUACAUUUCCUUUACCACCAGGUGCCUCGAGCUCCGCAAGCCCUUUACCAUAUCCUGAUGACGACGAUGACGAUGACCUCUUUCAGAAAAAACCAAAUCCUCCUUAUCCUGACGAUCGAAGAAAAGUCCCACAGAGAAUUGACUUGAGCGAUCAAGAUAAUAGAACAUCUGGAGGAAGUGGUAGGCCAGCCGCAUAUGAUACUGCACCACGAUUCACAAGCCCUACAGAGAGGACUGGCCCAGGUCUAUCUGAAAGAAGGGGGAAUGCACCGCAGCCUUUGCCUGCUUCCCCAGAAAUAGGCUCCUCAGAUAGAGAUGGAAUGUUUGGCAGACUACCGCCAAAGGAACAAAUCCCUCAAGCUGGCGCAAGUGCGUACUCAGAGGGUAACAGGCAUUAUUAUCCGCCACCCAUCGCUAAACCCACGUCUUCAAAUGGGACGCCUUCGAUACUAUCACCAACUCCGAAAAAUGACAUGAAUAGAUUCGCUUCCACGGCUUCAACCUCCACGACUAGAGCAACCAGAGGAUCCCCGCCCCCACCAGAAACUCCCAUCGAGCCGCCAACCGAGCUUGCGGGAGGCGGCAUAGAGGCGCGAUAUGCUGCAUCUGGAAUUGCAGGUGCUGCAACUUUGAGUAGCCUUCAGGCGCAUAAUGCAGCCGCUGCUCAGCGUGCUAAUCAAUAUGCGCCGCCACCUGUCCCACAAAUGCCCCAAUCCCCUCCCGCAAGACCAUGGACUCCAACGGAGUCUCCAGAAAAUGCCCCGCAUGGACCACCUAGAGUGUAUCAAGGGUUGAAUGAGAUUACCCCAUCGGCCUCUCCACCUGCUGUUACUCGACCGCAAAGACAAGGUUCAGCACCACCGGUCAACUCUUUAGAACAAGACUUCCAGCGUAUGCAAAUGUCAGCUGAAGAGCCUCCGCCAGCGUAUUCUAGUGUGACUCCUGGUGCCAACUCCCGAGCAUAUCCGGCCGAGAAACAACAGCGGACGAAUCCCCCCGCUGCUAUAGACACUACCCCAAAACCAAAUAUUGCACCACCUUUAGCGACACCUGCAAAUAAUCCUGACCACCCUGCAUUUGCAAAUGAGCCAAGACAGGAACAUAUUCCACAGCAGCCCACUCAAGCCGGCCCCUCGGCUCAGCCUGCCAAUGUUUCUCCAUUUCAAGGUGUUGGUCCAACAUCUCCACCACCACUUCCAGAGGGCUGGAUUGCCCAUCUUGAUCAGAACUCUGGUCAGUAUUAUUAUAUUCAUCUCCCCACCCAAGCCACUCAAUGGGAGUUCCCCAAGGGCCCUACUCCACUGAAUGAUGUUCCGCUUUCGCCAGUUCUGUCGACCUAUGGUGGAUAUGGCAACCCCAUGGCAUCCCCAGGCUUAAGUAUGUUCAGUAAACAAUCUCUUGCUUCUCCUGGCUUUCAAGGAAUGGCAUCACCUGGAUUUCCUCCACACACACCUGGCUAUGCGGAAAGUAUUAUGAGUAUGGCGUCAGGCACGCCAACUACUGCUGGAUUUUCUGGACCACCACCUAGUGCAGGAGUCGACAUGUAUAAAGUUGUUCCCACGAAUGGAGUAUAUUUUGGUCCUUAUCUAAGAUACGUAAAUAUGGAUAUGGAGAACGGUAUAUGGCUGGGUACAAUAAUGCUUGUAACGGAUGCUCCACAACCCCCAACCAUUCAUAUCCAUCAAAGUGUUGAUUUGUCGCCAAAUCCCAGACAGCUCAGACCAAACCCGAUUUACACACAUCGAAGAUGGGUCUUCUACCGUUAUGAUAUAGAUUUGAAGAUGGGAGAGGGUCUAGGUGAUAAAUGGACUUAUGCUAUAACCUCGCAUUUAGGCUGCACGCGAUAUGAGUUUCUGGUAGCUGGACGUUUCGAGACAAAUUGGAGAUUCAUUGCACAUUCUGGUAAUGAUUUUGCUAUGAAUACUACAGUCAAUGAGCGUUCAAAACUCGGCGGCAUUGGGUUUAUGUGGAAAGACAUUUUACAAAAAAAUGUAGAGUGUGGUGGAUUCCAUGUGCAAUUGGGAUUAGGAGAUCAAAUUUAUGGUGAUAGAUUAUGGAAGGAUAUCCCUCUGCUGAAGCAAUGGCUUGCUAUGAGUGGCAAGGAGAACAGAAGAAGUGCAGCAUGGACAGCAAGGCACGAGGAGGAAGUCUCGCAUGCUUACUUCCAUUAUUACACCAGUCAUUUUGAUCAGCCAUACUUGAGGGAGGCAUUUGCUCAAAUUCCUCACAUACUACAGAUUGAUGAUCAUGAUAUGUAAGUUUUCGCCGUUGCCCUUCCUUACUUUUACUAAUACCUUGAAGUUUUGAUGGUUACGGCUCUUAUCCAGAAUAUAUGCAAAAUUCCAAUAUGUUCAGAAACAUCGGUCGUAUUGGUAUUGAGAUGUAUCUCCUAUUCCAACACCACACUACAGUAGACAUUCUUCGAAAUGUUAGCACAGACAUUGAUUUAUUUACAAUCACGGGAACUGGCUGGCACUUUGUUAAAUAUCUAGGACCUUCAGUCGUUGUGGUAGGUCCUGAUUGUCGAUCAGAACGUACUCAACGCCAGGUUCUCGCGGGUCCUACUUAUCAAGGCAUCCUCCCUAAAGUAGCCACUCUACCUCCAAGUGUACAGCACUGUAUAUGGAUGAUAUCAGUGCCUCUGAUAUAUCCACGACUUGAAGCCGUAGAAAGUCUUGCACAUACCAUGGCCACGGGUAAGAAGGCGGUUAAUAGCACAUACAACUUACUCGGUAAAGUCACGAGUUCUGUGGCUGGAGUGGUGGGAGGUAAAGAAGCCGUGGCAACUGGUUUUUCCCAUGUCAAAAAGGCUGUAGGGAAAUCGGGGUUGAUGGGAGGUGUUCUGAAUACAUUUGGUGAUAUUGAUAUUGCGGAUGAGUUGAGAGAUAUGUGGACACAUGAGAGUAAGGAUUUGGAGCGAACAUAUUUGAUACGGACAUUGCAAGGAAUUGCCCAUCAGAAAGGGAUUAGGAUGACGUUUUUAUCUGGCGGUAAGUUGUCUAUGCAUCUAUCAAAGUAUUACAAGUUACUGAUUCUCCCCUAGACGUAAACUGUUGCGGCGCAGGUCUUGUCCACGAUCCUUCUCAUCCCUCUAACCACAAAACCAUGUAUCAGAUCAUCGCAUCUGCAGUUGUCGCCGCUCCACCUCCAUCAUAUGUUCUUAAAAUGCUUCACAACAACAAACCACUUUACGUUCCUCAAAAUGGCGUCAAAACCACAAAUCUCGUCAGCGAUACCAAAGAAGAUAUGAUGGAAAUAUUUCAAACAGACACUAAUGGUGGACCACGAGACAUGAAGAAGUUAAUGGGUAGAAGAAACUACGUAGCAUUUGUAGCUUUUGACCCGGAUGCAAUCAUGGGAGGCAUGAGUGCAAAUGGAAGUAUGCGCAGCGGAAAUGCUGGAUUGGCAAAGUUAAGUCUGGCGGUUGAUUUUGUGGUGCAAGGGGAUGGAGGGUUUAGUCCUCCUACUAAAUAUGGUCCUGUUAUCAUACCGAGCCUGGAGUUUGGUAGAUGAGGAGGAGGAUGGAUGUAUUGAUGGAUGUACUGAUUCGCUGUGGGGAAAGAGAGGGAGAGAGGUAUUAGCGACGAAAUGUAUUUGUUGAGAUAUACUUUGCCAUAAUUUAUUUAACUCUUGAUAUAUUUAAUGGAUUAUCUAUCUAUCUAUCUAUCUUAUUAUUCGAUGGAUUUGAAAGCAUUUAAGUUUAAGAGAGAGUUCGUUGUUGGCUAUUGGGAAUGGUAGAAGCG